AUGGAAUCACGGUCAGACAUCGCCCUCUCGACGCCUGGAUACUACGGCCCAGGCUCCAUAGUGGCCUGGUACUGCAUCGUGGCAUCCACGGCUAUAUCCUGGAUAUGGAAUCCCGCCCAUCGCUUCCAGCCCACCUCGGACUUUAUGGCGGCUAUUUCAUACCCUUUCAUCGCAAUGAUACAUUUCGCUGUACAGUUAUGGAACUUCCCCUCCGACAAGACGCAGUAUCUCAGGGCGAACCUUAUGCAUAUCCUCAUUGGAAAUGGAGACGAGGGUCCAGUAUCGGAAGCAUAUGACUACCAGUACAAGAACCAAGUGCUUUUCGACAAACCAGGUCCCGACAUGUUUGAAGUUUUCCCACGCGUCGUUACUAUCGAUGCCGCCUUGCGGAUCAAUGACAAUUGCUUUUGGCUCUGCUUUGUCGCGCUUGGGUUUCUCCUAGUCGAGCAGAGGAAAAACUGGACAGAACAACAGUUCAAGGGCUUCAAUCGCGUUGAGAAAUGCCUUUUCGCUGGCGUUUUGUUCCCUAUAAUGAAUGGGGUAUUUCUACUUGUUGUUUGUGGCGACGCUCGAACCUCGUGGAUCCCUUUAGAGUCUACUCUAUUCAGAUUUAUGGCGGUGACUAUGGGCAUGUGUCCAGUCAUGGUGGCAUUUUUCAUAUAUCUACCGCUGUCGACUGAGUGGAAUUCGUUCUCGGGGGUAGUUCCCGAAACCAGAUCCACGAAACAAUUUCCUAUGGAGCUCGCUGUGAACCUGUGUCACUGGAUCCGCAGAAUUCGGCUAUUGCACUGUGGUCUUGGGACUCUUUAUCUUGCCUUCAUUGGUGUUUUGAUAUGGGGCACAGUGAACACCUUAAGAGAGGCAUAUCCAAUUCAAUUGUCUAUUCCCGCCGUUGGUAUUUCCCUUUUCGAAAUGGAGCAAGUGGCGAGCUUGUUCGGGGAUCUUGAGACUUAA